CUUGAAUAAUAUAUCUAGUUACAGCCUGGCCCAGAUAAUAGUUUGGUUUCAAGAAUAAAAGGCAUCCAACUUCCUCAUUUCUGAAGCACUAAAACAUGGAAGGAGAAAUGAUACCGGAGGUGGUUUUGAACUCUGGACAUACAAUGCCAUUCAUAGGCUUGGGGACAGCAUGCGACCCAAUACCUCCACCCAACCUUCUCACCUCCACUUUCUUUGAUGCCAUUGAGGCUGGUUACCGGCAUUUCGAUACUGCAUCUGUCUACGGUACUGAACAGCCCAUCGGACAAGCAAUAGCUCAAGCUCUCGAGCAAGGACUGAUCAAAAACCGCAGUGAUGUUUUCAUUACUUCCAAGCUAUGGGUCACCGACACAGAGCAUGAUCUUGUCCUCCCAUCACUUAAGAAAACACUCCAGAACCUUGGGUUAGAAUAUGUGGAUCUCUAUCUGGUACAUUGGCCUGUGAGGUUGAAACAAGGAGCCAUGUUCCCUUUUCUGAAGGAGGACCACCUUAGCUUUGAUAUGAAAGGGACAUGGGAAGCCAUGGAAGAUUGUUGCAGACUGGGCUUGGCAAAGACUAUUGGUGUAAGCAAUUUCUCCUGCAAGAAGCUCUCACAACUUCUAGUCCAUGCCACCAUCCCUCCCGCCGUGAAUCAGGUGGAAAUAAAUCCUUCAUGGCAACAGAGAAAACUGAGGGAUUUCUGCAGUGUGAAUGGGAUCCAUGUUAGCGGAUGGUCGCCUUUGGGAGCAUAUGGAUCUUAUUGGGGUUCUUCUUCUGUCAUGGAGAGUCCAAUCCUCAAGGGUAUUGCCAUAGCUAGGGAGAAGACCACUGCACAGAUUGCAUUGAGGUGGAUUUAUGAGCAAGGAGUGAGUCUACUAGUGAAAAGCUUUAGCAAGAAAAGAAUGAAAGAAAACCUGCAAAUCUUGGAUUGGAAACUUAGCAUGGAAGAUCGAGAUAAGAUUAGCCAGAUUCCACAGAAAAGAGGAUUUUCAGGAGAAGCAUUCGUUUCAUCACAUGGGCCUUACAAGUCACCUGAAGAACUUUGGGAUGAGGAGGUGUAAGAUGAUCUUCUCUUCAUUCCAUAUGUGACCAAAGAAUCAAAAAGAGGGAAAUUGAAAUGUUAGUCAUGAUAAUGAAGACUUAAAUAAGUUUAGGCUCUUUUUCAUGUUAAGAUCAAUAUUUUCAUUCCUCCUCAUCUCUCCUUAUCUUUAUGGCUUUCUUUUUCUUUUAACUUUUUAUUCCAUAAGUAACUUGCUUGGUUGCAUGAGUGAAAUGGUGUACUCUGAUUCUAUUUAUGUCCAAUUCCUAUUUGCAUGUACUAGAUUAUUUAGUGAAUUGAGAUGGUUUGAUCAAUAAUCUGCCACUAUUGUUGUAA